GGCGAGGAUUGCAUCGCAGAUCAAACAACCCAGUACUAUAAACUAGAAAGACGAUCUGUGAAUGCGAGGGGAAGGAGACUGAAAAUUUCUGGCGGCUCUCGAAGGAAUGUUGUAGAAUUUAUACGCCGAGGAAGAAGAAGGUAACAAGGAGGAAGAAGAUAAUUUCAGGAAGCAAUGGUGUUGUGGGAGCUAACUCUGGGAACAGCGUACUUUCUGGGACUGAGGCGGACUUACCGGCUCGCAUUGAAGAUCCAGCGUCGCGUAGUUAGCACUAAGCAUCCAAGGGUCCGGAAAUUUCUCCAUCGGAGGACUCAUCAAAUAUUUGAUGUGGCACUUAGGGUCCACAAGAACAUACAACAGAGAGACAUGGAAAUUGGUCGGAACGUAGGAAACUGGAUUCUCCGCUGGCUCAACCGGAUGAAGCCAUCGGCUCAAGUUCUACUACCAAAACAUACGGAGCCUAGCAUAGCCAAGGCGAAGAGACUAUUAGAAUCAACCCGUCUCAAACCACAUGCCAACACGCAGACUCCUCAGAACACUGAAGCCGGUAAGCACUUGUUCUUGUCCUUGAGGAACCUCCGUCCCAAGUUAUCACCGACUGUCUCGAAGAUGAUGAUGUUAAAGCUGCCAAGACCCACUGGAAGUACCACUCAGUACAGGAAUUACAGUGAAUUCAGCCUUAUUAAACCGAUUUAUGCUAGAGGCGGGUUUAAUGGUGUUAUCAGGAAGGACAUUUUGGAGUGGAUGGUGCAGAGAUGAAGCCGUCAAAAUUCAUCAAUGGUCCGCUUGUUUUCCGACAUUCUAUCUGUUUCUGACAUAACAACAGCUGACAAAUACACUCUAAAGGAAACACUUAAUAAACUGUUUAUCUCUUUAUUCGAGUUUUUAAAUAAUUGGUUGAAUGAUCGGAAAUUCGCCCGGAGUACUAAAAAAAUUUUCGACAAAUAUUACUUUCUUGAUAAAUACGUUUAUUUGUUGUUCUUACAAGUCACAACCAGAAAUGUCCAGUGAGAGAUUCUGGAUUCUGGGUGUUUCAAUCUAUGGUAUGGUCACUCUCGAUUAUGCUUU